GUAUGGCGAGAUUUGUGACUGUCGCUGGUGGUCGUGCGAGCAAGGACAGUCUCUUGAGAUGUCGUCCGGGCCUCAAUUUGCUCUUCUCGUGCGAAGUCAUGAACUUCAAGCACAGACGGUGCCCCAUCGCCAGGCAAGACGCUAAUUCUCCUACCUUGGCUGCUUGUCUUGCGAAUCUCUUCUUCCUUCCGCUCGUCGACUGGCAAGUCAGAGAUCUCUCUGAAUGGAUCGUCGUCACUGGUGAUGAUGCUGGGCGGCUCAAGGAAGCUUCCAUAUGGUUUCCUCUUCUCCGGGCUCUUGGACUUCACCCACUGUUGUCUAUUCUUGUCAAAGUACAUGCUGCCGACCUGCUCACCAAUAAGAUGCGCCACAGCAUCGGGUGCUAAUGUACCAACAUUCUCCGACUUGCGGGUGCUGGUGGUAUGGAGGGUGCGGCCGGUAGAAGUCGCACUGGAGUGCUGUGUCGACUGUGUCUGGUUGGAGCGCUGCGAAAUGGGCCGCGAGUCGUCGUCCUCUUGUUGGAACUCAGGCAUGGGGCCUCUGAUGCGUAUAUUGGAGUGCUCGUCAACUGCUAUGAUGCUGUGUUCAAAGUGGUCGGAUGCAACCUCGUCCACCUCAUCCACGGCUUCGUCCUCCACGUGAAGCGAUGCGACAGACUGAGCUAUGAACUCUGUGUCGUCUUUUUCCUGAAACUUACGCAAGUGGCUCACCACUCUCGCGUCCGUAUGCUCCGAGUUGCGUGAUCUCCAGCCGCUGGCAAUUUCCCG